AUGUCUCAGCCUCAUCCUCUUAUUCCUCUCUCCGUCGACGAGACGAACUUGGCCAGAGAUGUCGUUCGCGCUGCUUAUCCUCAGAAUGUCCUGAAGUUCCGGGUCAUUUACCUUGAGGAGCCAGUGAAGGAGGUCCUGGCGCCUUACUUAGAUCUUGAGCAUGCUGGAAAGGUUACCAGCUCUACGCCCAGACCCGCUCGUGAAGCACGAGUCCACUUUGACACAGCUCAUGGUGGCAAGCCUCCGCAAUCGCAUGAGGCUAUCAUCGACCUGAACACAAGAAAGAUCAAGCAGGUUGAGUCAAUCCGAGCGGAUGCCCAAGCAGCGUUCACAAGCGAAGAGCUUGAUGACGUCCGAAUCAUUUGUCGAGACUCCCCUGUCUUCAAGGAGCGCAUCGCCAAGUUCAACCUCCCCCAGGACUUUGAAGUCGUCGUUGAGCCUUGGCCAUAUGGCGGCCUUGACGCAGCUGACGACCCCAAUCGCCGACACAUGCAGGCCCUGAUCUACGCCUCCGACAGCAAGAACCGCGAAUGCAACUUCUGGGGAUACCCUCUCCCCAUCAUCCCCGUCAUCGACGCCGAGACACGCGAAGUCAUCCGCAUUCACGAGGUUGCUACCGGUGGAGGUAAUGAUCCUCAUACCUUCGCUGAGGGUGACUACGCCAAAGUCAAAAUCGAUCACAUGACGCCUUCGGAAUACGUCCCUGAGCUUUUGCCUGGUGGUCUGCGCAGAGACCUAAAGGAACUCAAUGUCGUGCAGCCAUCUGGGCCUAGCUUCAAUGUUGAGGAUUCCAAUGUGAUCAAUUGGCAGAAGUGGAGUAUGCGAGCGACUUUCAACCCUCGCGAGGGUGCGGUGCUACACGAUGUUCGUUUCGACGGCCGAAGUGUUCUGUACAGACUGUCUAUAAGUGAUAUGACGGUUCCUUAUGCGGACCCGCGACCUCCGUUCCACCGAAAGCAGGCUUUCGACUUUGGCGACGGAACGCUUGGAGACGCUUGCAAUAAUCUGCAGCUUGGAUGUGACUGUCUGGGUGUCAUCAAGUACUUUGAUGGUGUUCUUGUUGAUCAUAGCGGUACAGCACGCACUACUAAGAAUGUGAUCUGCCUCCACGAGCAAGAUAAUGGUAUUAACUGGAAGCAUACAAACUGGCGUACUGGUCGAGCUGUCGUAACCCGCAGACGAGAGCUUGUUGUUCAGUUCAUCAUCACCCUAGCCAACUACGAAUACAUCUUCAACUAUAUCUUCGACCAAGCAGGUGCCAUCACCGUCCAAGCCCGCGCCACCGGAAUUGUCUCCUCUGUCCUCAUAGAAGAGGGCAAGACCGCUCCAUGGGGCAACGUCGUAAGCCCCGGCAUCCUCGCCCAAAACCACCAACACAUCUUCUGCGUGCGCAUCGACCCCGCCAUAGACGGCCACAAGAACACCCUCGUCCAGACAGAAUCGCUCCCCAUGCGCAUCGACGCCCGCACCAACCCCAACGGCAACGCCUACCAGGUCGUCACAACCCCCGUAACAGCCUCAGCAGGUCUUGACGCGAACCCCUUCACAGAUCGAACCUUCAAGGUGCAGAAUAUGGAUAAGCUUAAUCCGAUUAGUGGUCAGCCUGUGGGAUAUAAGAUUCUUGCACCGGUGACGAGGCCGUUGCUUGCGGAUCCUAAUUCUACGCAAGCGAAACGGGCGAGGUUUGCGCAGAGACAUCUGUGGGUUACUAAGCAUCGUGAUAAUGAAUUCUAUGCUGGUGGGCGAUAUACGCUGCAAUCGGUCUCGGAGGUUGAGGGCGUUGCGGAUGCUGCAGAUAGGAACGAUGAUGUUUUCCAGCAGGAUAUUGUGCUAUGGAGUGUGUUUGGUCUUACUCAUAAUCCCAGAGUAGAGGAUUGGCCAGUUAUGCCCGUCGAGAUUCUUGAUCUUCAUAUCAAGCCUGCGGAUUUCUUCACGGCAAACCCAGCAAUUGAUGUGCCCGGCAGGAAGAACUUCACUUCGCAGUUGACAAAUGCUGAAAAGGCCCAAGAGUCUUCAUGCUGCGCGGACAGCAAACCUCGUCUGUAG